AAUUAAUGUGGAACAGCCCUGGGCAUCACCCAAUUAGAGUGAGUUUACACCUUAUCACUGCCUUCAUGGCAGCUUAUGUAACUACAAAUCCACGAUUUACAGCUGGUGGCUGCGUUAGCGUGAGGCACGGUUGCAAUUACUCUUACUCCUAAUGACUUUUUUCAGUUGAGAAUAUUAUACCAACAUAUUAAUAAGGCAAACUUGUUACAAGUUUAUUAAUCAGUGAAACGCAUAUGCUAAUGUUUAUACUGCAUACAUGGAGUUCAUUCGGCCCAUAGGGUCCCUUUAGGCUAAUACAAGCUAUUCCGUUUAAUCUACUCUUACAGCUGGUCAUCCCUAACCCUGAAGCCGGUGCCGAACCUCAAGUGCACACGCAACCAACAUAGCAAUUCCAGAACGAUCCGGUCUGGGUCUUUUGCUCGGUGUACACAAAUAUAAAAGAAACAGAUUUGCCAGAACUCUAGCUUGUUCAGGCGCCAUUGGCUAAGGCAGUGGCGCGAGAACUUGUGUAUCCUGGUCUGAAGGCUUGGUGACUUACCAUCUGUCAAUCUGAGAGCGCUCAGGUGCAGUUCACGGUAGAGAGAGUCCAUUGCUCAGACAGGGAAGCCCGAUACUGGGGAGUCAGUGAAACCUUCAGUUCAUCGGCCCUGACCAGUGGAGAGAGCUCGGGAGCAAAGGUGUGGAACGUUUGUAAUGUCUUAACAUUCUAGCGAUGGAACGUCGGAAAGUUGCAACAUUCUAUCAACGGAACUUUGCAACAUAGUAACUUGGUUGUUUGGACACUGCCGUGAGGCGGGAAGAAAUGACUUCGCAGGCGCUUUCCAAUAAUUUGGUGAGACAACAGUAUAACCACAUCCCGCAAUCACCCGGACACUGCCAUAACCCAUCCGGAGCCGUUUCAUUUUUGGAGGACAAAAAAAACUUUCGACAAACCGCCCAGAUGCCACUGAGUCUUCCGCUCGGUGUGAGUUUAUUCCAUUUGAUAAUGCUCCUGUGAAGCAUCUCAGGAUCACCUUGAAGGAUCUAUGCAAAUGCUGCAGCCCAUUCUCGAGGGAGAAAUCUUGUGAAAAACACCUGAUGUGUAACCGACAUGUUGGAACAUGCAUCGCUCAAAGCUGAGCGAUGGUAAAAGAUGGCUGAAUCGAUGCCUGGGGAAGCCGGCAAUAUUGGCAAUGCAGAUGUGCACUUGGCAGAUAACCGAUUGAAUUUAGAUGUAUUUCCAAACAGCACCGGCCGAUUUUCGGUACUGUACAAAACACGCAAAGCAGAGGUGCAACAGGUCGAGUUUCUGCGCCUAAACUGCAAUGAAGAGCAAAUUGAUUCAUCACUUGCCAUCGUUCCUGAACUAAAGCGACUGAAAUCACUUGUACUUAAAGGUGGCCAUUUCAAGGAUGAAUACGGAGCGUGUCAGCGUGGUCUGCUGGCAACUCUGCCUGUGGAGUUCAGACAUCUCCAGCACUUGACCCAUUUGGAUUUGAGCUUCAACAGCUUCACUUCUGUUCCUGAAUGUGUGACUGAGUUGAAGGAGCUAACUGUGCUUCUCCUGUCCCAUAACCAGCUGGCCACACUGCCCGAGAGCAUUGGCAAGCUGGCAAAACUGACCUUCCUUUCUCUGAUGAAAAACCAGCUGAGAGAGUUGCCUGGGAGCAUCAAUGAACUUGCGGCACUGCAGAGAGCAAAUAUUUCUGAAAAUGAACUGGAACAGCUUCCUGAUGAGAUUGGAAACCUCCCAAACUGUGCACAAUUAGAUCUUUCGGGCAAUAGACUAACAACUAUACCAUCUUCACUUGCAAACCUGAAGUCUCUUGAGGAAUUGUAUCUACACAGCAACCAACUUGUAACCGUCCCGACCUCCCUCGCUCACCUUCCCAAAUUGUCUAGACUUGACCUGCAAAACAACAGCCUGCGCGUUGUCCCUGCAGAGAUCCAGAACUUACCCUAUGUGAAUUUAAAGGGCAAUCCAAUAGGGGAGGCUGAGUCCCCGAAUAUUAAAGGCUGUGCCAAACCCAAAGAUAUCCCGGUCCGAUAUCUCGCAUCCGAUACAGACAGCUUCAUUGUGACCACGGAAGGUUGCAAGGUUGAGUUGCCCUGUGGGAUCAAAAUCCAUUUCCCACCUGAGGCGCUUUCUCUGGCAGUGAUCACAUGCAGAGUGACCUCCCCUGACCCACAGCAGGUGAAACUAAGGCACCAUGACUUUUUACUGAGCCAGGUCCUGGAACUUCUACCGCACGGGAUACAGUUUGAAAAGGAAGUACACAUCUGGAUGCCGUACAUUCCUCCUCAGUCUGACCAUCAAAGGGAACUUGUGAUCCGAACGUUCAGUGAGAGCUGGAGUGACUUGGAUACUAAGGUGUUUGAGUCACAGUACCUGGCCUGCUGUAGCGUACUCCAUUUCUCUUGGUUCCUUGUCAUUUCGCGACUGAAGGAGAAUAAAUGUACCGUCCCCCUUGAGGGAACCAGACUGUUCUCCUCUGUGGAUCCUAACAUCAAGGUGACCUUUCCAGCUGGGGCAGUGACUGAGUCUCGCAUGGUGAAGAUGCAGGUGUUGCCGGUUGCUGCAGGGGACUUGCAUGAGCUGCUACAGGAUCAGGAUUCAGUGGCAAGUCCUUUGCUCUGUUUGUCACAGAAUACGACUGACAACUUCCUGAAACCAGUCAGGAUUCAGCUUCCAUUACCAAGUGGGGUCACAGGUUUAAAUUUGGACCGUUCCAAAUUGCACUUGCUUCAUGGGGAUGCAGAAGUCCAGGACUGGAAGGACAUUACACAUCAGGUGGUGCUGGAAUUCACUCACCUUUAUGCCCUUUUUGAAGUGGACCAUUUCUCAUGGUACUGGUUGUGGUACACAACUAAGACGUAUGUUGGUGGCAUAGCUAAAAAAGUUUACGAACGCUUGAGGAGGUGGCAGGUCAACUUUUUGGUGCUGCAGAGAAAGAAGGACCCGGAGCAAAUUUUCCUGCAAUGUGUUCCCAAACACAAGGUUGAAACUGUUUGUAAGAAGUUGGAGACCAGAUAUCGUGGUCCUGAGCCGUCUGAUAUUGUCGAAAUGUUUGAAGGGGAACAGUUCUUUGCUGGAUUUGAAAAAGGGAUUAAAAUUGAUUCAGAUCGACCAGACUGUGUAGAUGGAAGGAUUGGGUUCACCUUUUACUCACACCUAAAGAACAGUAAGGAAGUUUAUGUCUCCACUGAAGCAGACAGAAAAACAAAAGCUGUGAGAGGACAGGUUUCCUUUUACAGGGGAUCCUUGCCAGAAAACAUUCCUGAGGAAGCUGCUAAAAAACGAAAAGGCCCUGAUUCAAUGUGGCUGGCCACUUUGCCAAUCAAAUUGCCUAAGCAGAAAUCAAAAUUUCACGAUGAACCAAGAAUGGACCCAUCCUAUCCACCACUAAAUCUCGGUGAUGAAGAAACUGGCUACCUCACUGAAGCUAAUCUUUUGAGUAUUGCAAGGAGAAUUGGGCCGGAAUGGCAGAAUAUUGGUAUCAAUCUCGGCUUAUCCUAUUCACAACUGGAAAGAAUAGGAUAUAAUCAUAGGGAUGAUCUGGACAAGCAAAUCUUAGAGAUGCUCUUUACAUGGGCCCAAUGCAAUGAGAGUGUACCGGGCUGCAUCAGUCAAUUAAUUCAAGCAAUGAAGAAGAGUGAUCGCGAAGAUAUUGCAGAAGAAAUACAUUGUAUUAUUGAACUCGGCAGGAGAAAGUAUCAUGAUUCUAUUCGUCGAGUAGGGCUAAGCCAAGAAAGCAGUAAUGAAGAUUCAGCUAUAGCAAUGGUAUAACCUGAAAAAUGUUGUUCAGUAGGGAGCAAUGGAUAUGAACUCUUUUCGUGGUGUAUGAGGAAAGGGAGGUUUUAUCCUAUUUUAGACUUCUGUUUUGACUGGUUUAGAAGUGCCUUGGGGCACAAUGAACUCUUGGCAACAUUGUUCAGGAAAUGGUCACUGUAAUCAACUGAGGCAGAGUUCAUUCCAUUUAAAUGUCAAGGUUCAUGGUGGUUUUGCAGCAGAAUACAGUGAAAACCAGCAGGAUUUGUUAGUAGAACCAAUCAUUUUGUGGUGAUGUGCAAUUUUCAAUUUUGUUUCAGCCACUGUGAUGUACAAUUUUGUUUCUUGCAUGUAACCAAGAGAGAGCAUACCUUGCAUUUAAUCUACAGCAUUUAGUGAACUUGUUUACUCCUUGAGUUGAUAGAUAGUCAAAUUGCAUCAAGGAAUUGUACAACAUAGGAGCAAGACAUUUGACAAUUAAAUCCGUGUGAGUGUUUCCUCCAACUCAGACGCCUAACUACUUGCUGCUACCCUUGCAUCUUAAAUCUGGGAAAUAGGGUAAUUUACCAUUUAGGCCUGUAUAUUCCUAAUACCACCAAGCCUGACCAAUGGUGAACAUGUAUUGGAAUUUCAGUGCAUCACCCAGUUGGUGAAAGCAGCCUUUCACAGCAGGAAUGAAAAGAAAUAGGAUACGAGUGUGGAGCCCUACAAAGCAGGCAUGUUAAUGAACUUCUGUGCUAAAGUUUAUUUUGCUUUGAUCAUCUUGGUCCCUAUUGUUUGGUAAGCUCAAAUAAAAUAAACUAUUUAGAAAACCAAUAACCUGGUAUUGUACAGUAGGAUUCUUCAGGGUACCUGUGGCAGUUCCUAUUCACCUCCAACUCUGUACCAUCUGCCUAACUGUAAUCAUUUUUUUUCCCUUUUUGCCACAUUGAAUUCAUUUGCCAACUGAGGAAUUUUUAAAAAAUAUUUGCCAGAUUUAGCUACCCCUGAAGCAUUGUUAAAAUUUACUACAGAUCAACUGCAGGGUUUUAUGAAGGCUACAAUUAGUAGUGGCAUUCAGAGAAAAGAAAGCCAUUAAAUGAGGAACAAAUAUUUGAUAUGGCAGUGUUUGUUUGUUAAAAUUUACAAGUGCAUUCAACAGCAUGGCCUGUGUACUUCUAGUAUAUACAAUACUUUGUCAUUCUUAUGCAGUAUGUUAAUUCAAACACAAGUCACACUAUUCCAUGAGGCUAUAAUUAAGCUCAUAAUGAUAUGCAGACGGUUUAAAAAUAUUUCACUUUAUUUAACUCUGUGUGUGUGUGUGUGUGUGUGUGUGUAUGUUCUGUAUUUUCAUAUGGCAAUUUGUUUUUCACUGAUCUUUAAUGUUUUCAGCAUCAGCAAAGAUCGUACACAGUUUAGUAGCAUAAUUUGUAAAUGUCUCCUUGUUCAAACAUACAUUCAUGCUAAUGUAGUUUGGAAAAUAUUAGACUGAGAGGAUUGUACAGUGAGUCAUAAACAGUGGGUAAUCUGGAAUUCAUUUAUUUAGAGAUGAAUACAGCAGUAUGAGUGUGGUUUGCUUCUUUUUCUUUUAAAACAUACUUAACUUUUCAAAUAUGGAAAAUUAGUAAUAACUUCUCCCUCUUUUGAGAAAAGUGUAUAUAAGCAAAAUACAGUCAGUGAUGAACAUUUGAGUCAUCUGACGUAGCCACCCACCUAUAGCCUAUCAGCCCUUAGUUGUCUCAGUAUAAAUCAGAAAGUAAGUGACAUAUUUGAGGAAAUGCUGAGUGCUUAGCUGGUAUCAUGGCCUCUCAAGUAAGGUGAGAAAACUGAUUAAGGCAGUUCCAAUACAAUAUUCUAAUGUCCUCAGUCAGGAGGAAGGCCCUCUGCUAUCAUCUUAAUGGCCAGUUGGGCAAGAGAUCUGAGAGGUAAAAACAAUAACUGCAGAUGCUGGAAACCAGAUUCUGGAUCAGUGG